AUGGAGGAUGCGUUGGAGGAAGGGAAGAGAUUUGAUGGAGUGCAGAUAUUUCCUGUGGAGGGUGAUUUGUUCAGGAGAGCCUCUGCUGCACCAACUAGCGGAGGAAGUGUGGUGUUUUGUAUGGAGGAGUUGUUGAGGAGGGAUAGUAAAUUGUGUAUGAUUACUAGGGGGAGGUAUGGGCAGGGGAGAGGGAAAGAGGGGGAAGGAAAUGGGCGAGGGAAUGAGUUGAGGGGAAAGGCGUAUUUGGUUGCGGGGGUUAUUCCUGGUGAGCUUUUCCAUGAGUUUGAAUUUUUCGGAUUGGCAUCGGCAAAGAAAGUGGAAGGCGAGAUGAAGGAGGAUGACAUGGAUGGUGGUACACAUAAUUAUCCACGAACAUCUCCCAUUACUGCCACGACAAACACAAAUAACGUAUCCAAAACCAGGAACGAAAAGAACGACAUCAACAUAGUGGAAAAAACCGGGAGAAUACCCUCGUCACCUCCAUCUUUCAUCUUUAACAAUAUUCAGGAAGAUCCUAAUUCUUUCGACCACAAAACUUUCGAGCGAGCACAAGAAGAUCCAUUUAUUAAGCUACAUAGUGGUUCCAUGGGAAACGAAACUUCAACACCAAGUGACAAAACAAGUGAAAGAGAUCUGCUUGGUUGGAACCUGAAUGUUCGACACUCGAACGAGACAAAAAGAGAUAUUCGGGAGCUUCGUCGAGAACACAGGAAUAGCAAAGUGAUGAAAAUGGAAGAAAUCUCUGAAGAUACAAUAGUAGUAGAUGCCCAAACAACACAGCCAACCUCUUCGCAACAAUCAUCACCAGCGAAAACGUCUAGCAAAAUCCCUCGGAGACAGGAUUCAAGAAACUAUAUCCGAAAAAUUAAUUCUAGAGCAAGAAUUACCAGAGCGGGGACUUUUGGUUCGAGGUCAUCGCAAGGAGAUUUAUCGAAAGAUUCAAGACUAUCGUCGCAAGCUAGAUCAUUUCAGGAUUUUGCUAUGAGCUCUGAAAAAUCUGGUGUUGACAGCAGCCAAAAUUUCAAUACAGCUACAGCUGCAUCUCGUGAUGGAUAUAGUUCUGAAGGUAGUCUGAGCGCUGGCUCUGAUAUCCCCGCCGUGGCUACAAAAAAGCGAGUUGUACCACGUCCUAAUUUCGAUGGUGAAAACUCGAGUGUGAUUCCUUCGAACAUACGCCCAGCUAAGUUUCGAAAGUCUUCGGUUCAAAGCAAAGGAGAUUUUGGGUCGACUCUCAAUCUUAUUUGGCGUUUUUUGAUGGUUGUAGAUGAUGAAGAUAUGGAGUGGAUUCCGGAAGAAGAUGGGGAAGCCGCAAAUCAUGGGCAUAUGAAACCGAUUCCUGCAGCGAAUAAGAUUCCGAUGGAUGACUCGAAGAGCAGACGACCUAUCCGAAAUCGAACAUCGAGAAACUAUGAUGAUUCCCAGAAAAUUGCAAAAGGAAGUUCUUCGAACAAUAAAAGUCAGGAGGCUAUUAAUAUGGUUCCCGAAGAAUGGCAGCUCAUCGAAAAAGAACCAUUAGCCAGGGUAGACACAAUGCCUCCUAAAAGAAAGGCUGUGGACAAAGGAACUCAUGGUAAUGAUAAAAUCAAUCCUCGCGAGUCCAAUCCGCAUUUAAGAAGCACGGAACCACAUCAUCCUCUCUACGAUGAAUACUCUACGAUGGGAUGCCAAUCCAUUCAACCCAAGUCCGACCCCAAACUCAAACUCAAACGGAAGCCUAUACCAGAACUGGAAAAUGGAGAGAAGGUAUGGGAUUACAAAGGCGUCAUCGCAUUCGGAACGCGCAAACAUGCCGAUGCAUGGAGACAAUGUUAUCUCAUCGAAUGGAAAGACCCAUGGGCACCCACCUGGCAACUGAAAAGUGAAGCAGAUAAAUCAUUGAGAGAUGAUUGGCAGAAGAAAAAAGAGGUUUGGGAUAUGCAAUCGAAGACUAAGGAUGGAAAGAAAUUGGCGAAAGAGAAGAAGGCAGAGAAGAUAUUGUUUGAGGAUGGUGAUUUUUAUUUGGUUGAUUAUACGACUGAUUUGAAACCAGAGUGGGUGAAGAAGGCGGAUGUGGAUGAGGAGUUGACGAGGGAGUUCAUACAAAGGAAGAGUAAGUGGAGAUAUGAGGAUAAUGGAUCGCAAUUGGAAGAUGCGGAGAUAGGGGAUGAGGAGGAAGAAAAAGAGGAAGGAGAAGAAGAAGAGGAAGCAGAGGAAGAAGUGGAGGAAGUGGAGGAGGAGUAG